AUGGCGCUUCUUCAGCUUCCUUCCCACCAGCACAGUCGCCGUCCCCUCGCCGUCUCCUUCCACCUAGUAGUACCCAUUCUUCGCCUUCUUCCUUUUACAACCACGACGACAGCAACGACGGUCCAAACGAGCGUCCCUAGCCCUUCGAGUCCUUUAAAUGCAAGAAUCCCUAAUAUCGGUCCUCAAGCUCCGAAACAGGCUUGGUGCCCAAGUGAGAUUUUUUGUAAUGGAGAACUUCUUCAAACGAUCAACAUUGCACAGUUGUACUCUGAUUCGAAGACGUUCGUGGACAAGCCUACAAGGCUUCCUUCCAAUCGGACGCUUGACGAUUUUUACGGUAUUGUCGGUGUGGGACCCAGUCCCAAUCCGAACGUGACGUAUGGGGAGUUGGUCAAUUUCGUGGAUGCUGAUUUCCAAGGAGAAGGUCUCGAGCUCAUCCCGCUUUCACAGCAAAACACCACACCUUCUUUUUUAUCUCCUCUUAGGAUCCCUGACCCGUUGGUAUUGGGGUGGUCGGGAGUAGUUCAUUCGUAUUGGGGUGCGCUCGUGAGGGGGACCGAUCCGUCUAAGCUAUGUACUGGAGGUGCAGCAGGGUGCGAGAGCACGUUGAUACCGCUUAAUCAUACGUUCGUCGUCCCCGGGGGUAGGUUUAGGGAGCAGUAUUAUUGGGAUUCGUAUUGGAUCGUUGAGGGCCUCCUCCAAUCGGAGCACUAUUCUAUCGUGAACUCGACGUUGCAGAACUUUAUGGAUGAGUUGGAGAUGAUUGGGUUCAUACCGAAUGGAGGGCGGAAGUAUUAUUUGAAUAGGAGUCAGCCUCCUAUGUUUAUGAAGAUGCUUUGGGCGUACGUGAACGCUACGGGGGAUGUGUGGAUUUUGAAUAGAGCUAUUCCCCUCGCUGAGGUGGAAUUGGCGUGGUGGGAGAAGAAUCGGACGAUUAGCGUUAGGUCUCCAUAUACCAGGAAGACGUGGGAUGUUGCGAGGUACGCGGUUGUGAACAGCGCGCCUAGGCCUGAGGGGUUCUUGCAGGACUACUUGGCUGCGAAUGGGCCUGAUUUGGUGGUUCCGUAUAAUGAGAGCCAGAAAGCCGAUUUGUAUGCUGAGUUGGCUAGCGGGGCUGAGAGUGGGCAUGACUAUUCGUCUAGAUGGAUUCAACAGCCUUUGCUUGGGAAUACUACCAAUACGACUCCUGCGUUGAGGACGUUGAACGUGAGGAAGACUAUUCCUGUUGAUUUGAAUAGCGCUCUUUACAAAUAUCGUCUAUUACUUGCGGAUCUCUACGACCUUCGAAAGAAUGCGGGAGCUGCAGACCAUCAGCGAGCCUGUCAUCACCGUCACAUUGCCUCGAACCUCAAACAGGCCAUCCUAGAUCUAUUCUGGGAUCCAAAGAAAUUAGCUUUUUACGAUUUUAAUAUGACGUCCAAUGCGAGAGGGACGGUGUUUACGCCUGCUGCGUUUUGGCCUUUCUGGAAUGGAAUCAUACCGAAAGAGGUACUUGAGAGCGAGGAUAAGGCUAAGGAAGCGUUUGGGAGUGUUAGGUUGGUUCUGAGCAGGUAUAAUGGGACGUUCCCGGCUAGUUUUUUGGUCAAUGGAUUGCAGUGGGAUGCGCCUAAUGCAUGGCCACCUCAUCAGUUCAUUAUAUUUGAAGCACUCAAGUCUCUACCGAAGAGUAUUACCAGCAAACCGUUGACACCAUUGUCAGCGAACGUUUCGUCGUUCUCACUCAUUCCGAAGGGCCAAUUAGGAUUCACUGAGAGCGAACUUCCACUUCAACCUCUCGAUAGGGGUGGAUAUGCGAGUGGGGAUAUCAAUGAGGUCGCUGUCGCGCGUGGUGGGGGUACAAACGGGACUACUGUGGUUAAUGGUGGGAAUGCAACGACGAAGGAGGAUUGGGCUAGUGCGCUUAGCAGGGAAUUGGCGAAUCGGUACAUAUCGAGCGUCUUUUGUUCUUGGUACUCGACGGGUGGAUCAAUUCCUGGUCUUUUGGAUCAACUUCCUCCUCAGGAGUUGAAUGCGACGAAUUCGAUUGGGAGUAUGGGACAUAUGUUCGAGAAGACUAGCAUGUUUGAUAUUGAUGUUGCGGGCGGUGGUGGAGAGUAUACCGUACAGGUAGGAUUUGGGUGGACCAAUGGUGUCGGUAUGUCGCGUUUUACUCCCGUACGGUUGAUCGCUCAAUAUCCUCUUACGCCCCCCCUCUUGGCUAGCGCUUUCACAUCCGCGCGUCCACGAAGCAGCGGAGACGGAUGGGUUCGAGCCCGCCCGCAGUCCGGAAGUAAUGUAGAGGAAAGGGAAGUAUGUAACUGUAACUGA